AUGCCAGUGACUGCUGCUCUGGUUCAAAAUUAUUUUUUUUGUCAGUUGGAGGGCAGCGGCCGCGGGAGCUCAAGGUACGGGCUCGAUUCCGCCCCUGCUCGUCAAUUGGAGGGCAACAUACGGGCUCGAUUCCACCACUGCUCGUCAAUUGGAGGGCAGCGGCCGCGGGAGCUCAAGGCGAGUGUCUUGGCGCUCAUCCUGGAGGUGGAGCGGGCUCCCGUCGUGGGUGUCGAUGGGCGACCGGAGGCGGCUGCCAGACCUGGUGGUGGCCAAGGACGGGAGCGCGAACUUCACGACGGUGGAGCCCGCUGCUCGGCGCGGCCGCAUCCCCCGCUGCUGCGUGCUCGACGCGGCCGCCAUGCUAGCAACGUGCUCGGAAGCCCGGCGAAUGCUACGGGAGCGUUCGGCCGAGGCGUUCGCUGCGCCGCGGCUGAGGAGGUCGGGGCGAGGCUCUCCGUCGCCGAUUUCUUCGCGCGCGCCUUCGCCCUCGCGGGUGAUGUCGAGGCUUUUGCAAAUGCUCUUGUUCACAAUCAUUCCAGCACCUUGGACUCCACUAAUCCAAUUCUGAAGAAGAGCAAGAUCAAUGAUAUAAGAGGACUCCAAAACUUGGCCAAGUCAUUAUCUGGACAGCGUUCUGUUCAGGCACAAUCUGCUGAAUACAUGAAAAGGAAAGCUCCAAGCAUUAGUGAAAAUUACAAUUUACACUCAGAAAAACCGAAGUUACCGGGAAACAUGAUGUUUAGGUUAGGGAUCAAAACAAGGAAUACACAAAAACUACUCUGUAGCUGCAAGAGGAAUCUAUUGAGUAUCUGCAACACGUACCAUCUACUUGACGCGGCGCUCUCCAGCGUCGGCGACAUGGCUGCCAUGCUAGCAACGCGCUCCGAAGCCCGGCGAAUGCUACGGGAGCAUUCGGCUGAGGCGUUCGCUUCGGCCGCGGCUGAGGAGGUCGGGGCGAGGCUCUCUGUCGCCGAUUUCUUCGCGCGCGCCUUCGCCCUCGCGGGUGAUGUCGAGCUGGAUUUGGCAGGACGCGGCUGGCCAUGGCGGUGGGUGGGCGCGCUCGCGCUGGAGGCAGACAGGCGGAGCGAUGGUCGUGGCGGCAUCGGGCGCGGAAACCACUCCCUCGCCUCGUUCGAUCGCGCCGUCACGCUCGUCUCCGAGCCAGCCUUCGUCUUCGCCGCCUUCCGCACCGCCUCACUCCUCGUCGCAAGGUCCUUCGUCAAGUUCUCCCUCGCCCGCCUCGUCCUCGCCAUCGCCAUCCCGGACGCCCGCUUCUAA